UGCGCCGAGAUGAAGACGUCAAUUGAUUAUUCCGUUGUCCUGCUGCUUUUGGUGAAAUCGUUGUCGUUUCAGACUGUCAAGGCUUAUCAGGUACAAUUCAACCACUUUUGUCUAAAAAUCGUCAUUCAAAAGCUGACUGAGAAAUUAAUUUCUUUGGAAAAGGACGACGUGGAAUAUGACGAUCCCAAAUUCGACUUCAGUGAACUUUGUCCGUUGAGCUACAGAAUUGUGAAAAUUGUCAGAAAUUCUUCAGAUCAAAUUUUAGAUGUUAAACGGUCUUUGGAUGAGAAACUAUUUGACGCCAAAGAAAUUCAGCUUGCUGUGAAGUCGGGAAUAAAUUCAACUAACAAGAUUUUGGAAAGAUUUGAAAGGCAGUUUGAAAAAAUCGACAGCGAAACUGUGUCUAGAGAUCAGAAAAGCCAACAAGAAAUUUUGAGCGCUCAAUGGGAACUGCUUGGAAAAGUGGAACUCGGCGGGAAAAAACUUGUGUCUGAUAUUUCUGAUUUGCUGAUAUCAAAAAUUGAGGAAGGAAAUCGUGUCCUUUUUGAGAGUUUGAAAAAAGAAAUUAGAAACUUAACUGGACCAAUUUUAUCCGACUUCAACGGCAUCAAGCAAAAAGUGGAGCACAUGGAAAAAGACUUUUUGGCUAUGCAAAACACAACGAAUUUUGCUCUUGAACAGAUGAAAAAUUUGAACUGUUCAAAGUAUUACGAAAAAUUAAAUGUGACUACGCUCUCAAGUGGGAAAAAAUAUUAUCUUGGUGAUCUGAAAGUUACUUGGAGAGACGCGAAGUACUUUUGUGAAGAAAACAACAUGUCUUUGGCUUCAGUCAAGACGAAACGAGAAAUUAAACUUCUCUGGAAAGUGGCCAGAAUCGACAAGGAAAGCGGCUCGUGGUUAUCCGCCUCGGACAUUGGAAGGACGCCGGGUCAGUUUGUGUGGCGCGGCGGUGUCAAGGUGAGCAGAGAUCGCGAUUGGUGGGCGAAAAACGAACCGAACGAUUUUGGAAAAGGACAAGAAGCGUGCGUUGGAGUUUUCAACGACAGCCUCUUCAGCGAUCCGUGCCACUACACAGCUCAUUUCAUUUGCGAACUGCCAUCAGAAUGCUUCUAAUUUAAAAUAAUUUUCUGCGCAAGUUUUGAAUUAUUAGAAGAAGAAAAUCAAGAGUGCGUUGAAUAAAUUUUUAUUAAGUGUUUCUUUGAAAAAUUUCAAAAUCAAUUAUUUUCUAAAAUGUCAAAAAUUUUAAUUAAAAUUGGCAUUUUCUCAAAAUUUAUUU